AUGGGAAACGUGAAGUCGGGUCCUCCGCCUGAAAAGACCCUGACGCUCGCAUCGCUCAUCGCUCCCAAGAUGGCUCGCAGGGAUGGUCGUGACGAGCCGUUCGCAUGGGAGAGCCGCGAGUUUCUGCGCAAAAAGUGCAUCGGACAGGAAGUGGUGUUUAAGGUGGACUACGCGGUUCCCAGCAUCCACCGCGAGUUCGGCAAUGUGUUCAUGGGCGACACCAACAUCGCGCUGGCGAUCGUGCAGGCCGGCUGGGCUCGGGUGCGGCCGCAAGUGGGGAGCAGCACGGACGUGAGUCCGUAUCUGGAGCAGCUGCUCAAGGCGGAGGAGGCAGCCAAGGCGGAGGAACUCGGGAUCUGGACCAAGGUGCCAGGUGCAGCAGAGGCGGCGAUUCGGGAUCUCCCCCCAUCAGGCGUGGGGCAGGACACGGGGUUUGACGCGCACGCGCUGCUGGAGCAGAACAAGGGGCUCACACUGGCGGCCAUCGUGGAGCAAGUGCGCGAUGGCAGCACCGUGCGCGUCAUGCUGUUGCCCUCCUUCCACUACGUGCAAGUCUACCUCGCGGGCGUGCAGUGCCCAUCUGUCGGCAGACGGCCGUUUGUGGACUCUGCAGCUGCUACAUCAGCAGCGGACACAGCAGCCAAUGGCGUGGGCGCGAUCACGCUCGAAGAGGGGAGCACCGAUGAAGCAGCAGCAGCUGCUGGGGGUGCUCCUAGUGCCGCCCAGCGCCUGGCGGCCUCGGCUGCAGCGGCGGAGCAGAAGGAUAGCGGCGCUGAGCCGUUUGCGCUUGAAGCUAAGCACUUCACUGAAGUCCGCUGUCUGAACCGCGAGGUCCGUGUAGUGCUGGAGGGCGUGGAUGGCAAGUUCAGCAACCUCGUGGGCACGCUGCACUACCCCUCAGGCGACUCCGUCGUCAACCUCUCCCUUGAGCUCGUCCAGAACGGUCUCGCCAAGGUGGUGGAGUGGAGCGCCAACAUGCUCGAGGCGAGCGCCAAGGCAGCGCUGAAAUCCGCAGAGCUGGAGGCGAAGAAGCAGCGCGUGCGCAUGUGGACCAACUUCGUGCCCCCCCAGUCCAACUCCAUUGCCUUCCGAGACAACUUCACUGGCAAGGUGGUGGAGGUGGUGAGUGGCGACUGCAUCGUGGUGGCGGAUGAUGCAGCAGUGGAGGGCACCCCGCAGGCAGAGAGGCGGGUGAACCUCUCCAGCAUCCGCGCCAAGAAGAUGGGCAACCCGCGCCGGGACGAGAAGCCCGAGCCGUACGCGCGAGAGGCCAAGGAGUUCUUGCGCUCCCGCCUCAUUGGCCAGCCGGUGGCGGUGCAGAUGGAGUACACGCGCAAGAUGCCGCCCAUGGAGGCUGGAGGCCCUGAGGGGCGCAACAUGGAGUUUGGAUCUGCCUUCCUGCUCACAGGCAAGACCGAUGCUGCUGCUGCGCCUGCCGCCCCUGCCACCACCGCCUCUGGAGAUGCCGCCCCUGCCGUCCCCCCUGGCGGUGUGAAUGUGGCGGAGAUGCUUGUAACGAGGGGCCUGGCGACAGUGGUGCGCCACCGUGACUUUGAGGAGCGGUCGUCUCAGUAUGACGCUCUGCUGGCUGCCGAGGCCAAGGCGAUCAAGGGGAAGAAGAACAUCCAUUCCAACAAGGAUGCUCCUGCCACCCACAUCAACGACCUCUCCUUGCAUGGCAUGGCGAACAAGGCGCGUGGCUUCCUGCCGUUCCUGCAGCGCGGCAAGCGCAUGGCGGCGGUGGUGGACUAUGUGCUGUCGGGCCACCGCUUCAAGCUCAUCAUUCCCCGCGAGAGCUGCGCCAUCGCCUUUGCGCUCUCGGGCGUGCGCUGCCCCGGCAAGGGCGAGAACUUCUCCGAGCAUGCCAUUGCCUUCAUGCGCCGACGCAUCAUGCAGCACGAAGUGGAGAUUGAGGUUGAGACAGUUGACAAGACCGGGACCUUCAUCGGGUCUCUCUGGGCCGAGCGCACGAACGCCGGUGCGCUGCUGCUGCAGGCAGGGCUGGCAAAGCUGCACCCGUCCUUCACUCCUGACCGCACGGCCGAGGGGCACCUGCUCAUCUCCGCCGAGACCCAGGCCAAGAACGCGCGCCUCAAGGUGUGGGAGGGGUACGUGGAGGGACAGGACGCGGCAAGCGCCGCAGCCUCGGAAGCCUCGCUGCUGCAGGCGGGAGGCAAGCAGGAGCUGGUGCACGUGCAUGUCACAGAGGUGCUGGGCGGAGGGCUCUUCUAUGCGGUGGAGAGCGGUUCGGGGCUGCUGCCGCGCCUGGAGGGGGCGAUUGAAGAGCUCCAGCUGAGUGACGCAAAGACCCCGGCUCCCGGCACGUUUGUGCCCAAGAAGGGCGAUUUUGUGUUUGCGCAAUUCAGUGCGGACGACAGCUGGGCGCGUGCCAUGGUGGUAACCGCCCCUGCAGACCCCACCCCAGCGCGCACGUCCGAGUACACAGUGUUUUAUAUCGACUACGGCAACCAGGAGACGCUCCCCUUCGCCCGCCUGCGCCCGCUCGACAACCCCACCGUCUCCCCCUCCUCCUUCCCCCGCGGGAAAUCCGAGGGGCUGGGUCUGGCCCAACUGUGCCGCCUGGCCCACGUGAAGGUGCCGGGGUUGGAGGAGGAUUUUGGGCAGGAGGCAGCGGAGGAGGUGCAGGGGCUCACGGGGGGCAAGACACUGCUGGCACGGGUGGAGGAGCGGGAUGCGAGUGCGGGGACCAAGGUGAAGGGGCAGGGCAGCGGUGUGUGCUGGGUGGUCACGCUGGUGGAUAGCGAAACUUCAACGAGCGUGAAUGCGUCUCUCCUGCAGGCUGGACUGGCGCGGCUUGAGAAGCGCAGGGGGGGCGUGAGGAACCCGGCUCUGGCAGCAGUGUUGGAGGGGCUGAAGGAGAGGCAGGAGAUGGCCCGCCAAUCACGACUGCACAUCUGGCAGUACGGUGACGUGGACUCUGAUGAUGAGGACGACAGGGGCCGCCGCCCAGGGCCUCCUGCCGGCCGCAAGUGA